GCGCCAUGAAGCUGAACGAGCGUAGCCUGGCAUUCUACGCCACCUGCGACUCCCCCGCCGACAACACUGGCUUCCUCUUCAAGAAAGGCGAGCGGAACACGGCCUACCACCGCCGCUGGUUUGUGUUGAAGGGCAACAUGCUCUUCUACUUCGAGGAGCGGGAGAGCCGGGAGCCGGUGGGCGUGAUCAUCUUGGAGGGCUGCACCGUGGAGCUCUGCGAGGCCGCCGAAGACUUCACCUUCGCCAUCAAGUUUGACUGCACCAAGUCCCGAACCUACGUCCUGGCGGCCGAGAGCCAGGCUGCCAUGGAGUCCUGGGUCAAGUCCCUAUCGCGCGCCAGCUUCGACUACUUGCGGCUGGUGGUGAAGGAGCUGGAGAAGCAGCUGGAGGAGAUGCAGUCGGGCCUGGCUGGCAGCCGAAGCAUCCAAAGGAGGUCACCGAUUUACCGGAAAACCAAGUCAGCUCUCUGCUUGGACACCAUGGCUCCAGCUCUGGAGCUGCCACCUCCCCGGGAGAGACCCAUGGUGCCGCCUUGCGCCCCCCUGAAAGAGAAUGGCUGUGCGGUGUGGAAUAACGUUCCGUGCAUGGACAGCCUGCCAGCUGGGGAUGGCCCCGGGGGCCUUGCUGACUCGGGGAGCGUGAGGACGUCUGCGGGGGGCAGCCAUGAGGGAAGCGUGAAGCCGCCUCCUCUGCCACCUCGCAGACGUGCAUCGUCAGGCAAUACCUGUGGCCCCGGGGCCCUGGUGGCGGACAGCCCGGUGUGCCCAGGCACGGUGUGUUUCUCUAAGCUCCACGACUGGUACGGCAGAGAGAUCACUGAGCUGAGGAGAGAGUGGUUGGAGAGCCAGGAGAGCCACAAACUGUGAUGGAAGCUCGGGUGGGGGCGGGGACGAGUGCAACGAGACGAGGCCGGGGGGGCUCAUUUGGAAACACUAAGCCUGAAGUCGGCCUGGCUGCGAGUGCCGCCUGAGACACGGUCACAUGCUGCCGAUCUGUCAGCGGGAUGGGGAACUCCGGCAUGAUGCUGGGAACUUUGCCUGCUUGGUGUCACAUGCCCGGCUCCAGCAGUAAUCCCGUGGGUCGCUGAGUCUUGUCUUUCCAUUGCCAGCAGCGUCUUUAAUGUGGAAGUGGAGACAGUUGGUUUUGAACUCUGCCCCUGGGUUUAGGUACCUGACCUGCUGCAUCCAAGCCUGACCCACCCAUUGCUGGCAAUGGACUUCACAGCACCUUGGAGACUAUGAGCUCUUCUGAGCCAAAGUGGCAGUGUCCAAACCCCUCAGGCCGGUGUCGAUCAGGGAAAGUCAUUUCCUGCACUAACACAGGGCUCAGACGCUUGCUGGUCCAGCACCACAGCUCAGGAGGGACACGCGUGGGGUUCUGAAAGCGUGUGUCGUUGCUUGCAGACCGUCUCUGUAACGGUAGGGUCACCAGAUAGCAACUGGGAAAAAACAGGACAGAGGGUGGGAGGUAAUAGGCCCAAAAAACGGGACUGUCUCUUUAAAAACGGGAUAUCUGGUCACCCUAUGUAACGGUCUUCCUGCAAUUAUUCUAGUGUCUGACAUCCCGUGAGUUGCUGGAGUCCGAAAAGAAUGUGCUAGAGCACCCAGGCAGCUAGAAUCGCUGCUUCCAGGUGGGAUUUCUCGGCCUCUCGGUUUUGGAGACAGCAGCUGCUGAAAUCACAUCAGUGUGGAAGUGGGAGAAGCAAGAAAGUGACCCCAAUACUGUGAUUUUUAUCAGUCUGAUACCUUGUGACCUGUUGCCACUUUCCAUGAUGCCACCGGAAAGCUGGGACCCCAUUUAACAUUGGCCUAAAUAAUUCUUCCCAGCCCUCCUGGUUUUGUGGUACAGGACCUUUCAAAAUAUGGGCCUGCAUUAAUUCCUUUGGCCUAUCAGUGCUAUUCUUGGCACUGAUCCAGGAUGGAUUAUAGAUGGGUAAUUCUGAGUUCCUGGUUUGUGCCUAGUUCAUUCUUGGCCAGUGGUUUUCAGCCUGUGGUCUGCAGACCCCGGGGAGCCCACAGACUAUGUCUAAGGGGUCCGGGAAAGGUGUCAUUACCAUAGAACAAUGGUUUUCAACCUGUGGUCCGUGCUGCAGACCCCCUAAGAUUUCCAAAAGCGUCUGCAUCUCCAGGCAACAUUUUUUAGGGGUCCUCAAAUAAAAAAAAAGGUUGAAAACUACUUGUCUAGGCCACAGAGAAGCACAAGCCUUGGUGUGAAUUUGUUCUAGGUCUGUUUUUGUUCAGGGUUUUAAUAUUUUUGGUCUGGGCAGAAAGAAGGUCAAACAAUGCCAUCGUUCUUUGGUUUUCCAGGUGAAAAUCAGCAGAGCCGGAUAAAAGCAUUUGUUCCUUAAAGAAGGAUCAUUUUCCUUUUUGAAAUGAUAUCAAGCAACACAGCCAGGAGAGAAGGUGCUUUGCUAGAAUCGGAGUUUGUUUUUCCCUUAAGAAAAAGGUCUUCACCUAGCGCUCCUGUUCUGGCAGCGGUUGCUCUGGUCCUGGGGGCUGACCCGGCUUCGACCGCUGCUCCUGCAGCGCUAGCGGCUCACCCAGCAUUGGCCGUGCUCUGGGGGCUCACCCAGCCCCGGUCUGUGGCCCCUGACCUGAAGCUGCUGCUGCUCCUGGAGUGGGGGCUGACUGCUGCUCCAGCCCCGCCGCUGUGGCGAGCUGAACCCAACGAUGUCCCAGAGAUUCCCUUGAAGUCAUGGAAUCCGUGACCGAAUCGGAUCCUUAGUGAUUACUGAACAUCCUACCCCGAGAGUGACAUGGGAAGACUUCCGGGAAGUGAGUUAUUUUCAGGCAUAAAUGGCUGCAGCACCAGGGCUUUGGUUUGGAGCACAACCACACUGCUUGGGCAGAGUGUGGCUUGCUCUGUUUUUUACAUAGCUGACCGUGUAAAGCAGACUUCCUUACUCCCAGGGGGGUCCUAGUCCAGGACUCGGAUUCCUAGGCACUACGGCAAUAGAAUGAGUAUUAAUAAGAAGUGUCUGGUUGUCUGAAGGGGUUGUAGCAAUGAACACUGCAGGGCUAUGCCGAGGGAAGCGCAACACGAAUUUCAAUGUAAAUCUUCACCUUUUCCAAGCUAAUUUCAAACCAGCUUCUGUAAUUUAUAGAGGAAAUGCUCAGCAGCUCAGUGAUUCAGUACCCAGAAAGGCACUUGCUCAUGGAUAUAAAUUUAGCUUGCAAAGAACUGAAAAAUGCGGUGCAUUUUAGCACAGUGAGGAACUGAAGGCUUCUGAUGUUUCCUUUUUUUUUUAAAUGUUUCUUUUAUUGCUGAAAUAUCUUGAGUUUGGACAUUUUUAAUGUUUACUCUCUCCUGUCAGUUACAUUGUGGGACACCGUCUCCAUGGAAGAGAUGCAUAUAUUAUUGCAGUUCCUGGCUUGUUGAGUGAUGUCCAGUUCUUGGGAAUAUUUCAUACUUCUAAGACUGCCUAAAUAGAAAAUGACCUCCCUGAGCAUAAGUUCUGAGGUCAUUUCUGUGCACCUUGUUUUGUGUUCCUUGUAUGUGCUGUAUAACAUGCCGCAGACUCACUGCUGGGUCAGUGUGUGUGUGUUUUAUUUAUUUGUAAUACUGAAAAGUUGUUUAAGAUUUCUUUAAAAAAUAUAUA